CGCAUGCUCCUUCCGAGCAGGAGGAGGUGGCGGCGGCGGCGCGGCGGCUCCGGAGCCGCCGAGGAAGGCGGAAGAUGUCGGGUCUCCAGGCGGUGCGGAUCAGCAUCGAGUCGGCCUGCGAGAAACAUGUGCAGGAGGUCGGCCUCGAUGGCAGCGAGACUUACCUGCAGCCGCUUUCCAUGUCGCAGAACCUGGCCCGCCUGGCGCAGCGCAUCGACUUCAGCCAAGGCAGCUCCGGUUCCGAAGAGGACGAGCCCGCCCCGGCCGGAGAGAGCCGCGAAUGGCCCGGGAGGGACGAGGAAGAGGAGGAGGAAGGCUUGAUAAAAUUCCAGCCUUCUCUCUGGCCUUGGGAUUCAGUGAGGAAUAACUUAAGGAGUGCUUUGACAGAGAUGUGUGUCCUUUAUGAUGUGCUCAGCAUAGUCAAAGAUAAAAAGUUUAUGACUCUAGACCCAGUUGUACAAGAACCACUUACUCAAAAGCAGAAUCCUCAGGUGUUGCAGCUGAUGUCCAAGAAAAAAUCCUUAGCUGGAGCAGCCCAGAUUCUCCUGAAAGGAGCAGAAAGGUUAUCCAAAUCAGUUGCGGAAAACCAAGAAAACAAGCGGCAAAGAGAUUUCAACUCCGAACUACUCAGGCUGAGACAGCACUGGAAACUGAGAAAAGUGGGAGAUAAAAUCCUUGGAGAUUUGAGCUACAAGAGUGCAGGGUCUCUAUUUCCACAUCACGGUACCUUUGAGGUCAUAAAAAAUACUGACAUUGAUCUGGAUAAAAAGAUUCCUGAUGAUUACUGCCCUCUGGCUGUUCAGAUUCCAAGUGAUUUGGAAGGCUCUGCCUAUAUUAAGGUAUCUAUUCAGAAACAAGCACCAGAUAUAGGAGACCUUGGAAUAGUCAAUCUGUUUAAAAAACCUAUCUUGAAAUCUAAGCCAGGGGCUCUGCAUUGGCAAACCAAGCUGGAGACCGCCCAGAACGUUCUAUUAUGUAAAGAAAUAUUUGCUCAGCUUUCUCGGGAAGCUGUGCAAAUCAAGUCACAAGUUCCUCAUGUCGUUGUGAAGAACCAAAUCAUUUCCCAGCCCUUCCCAGGAUUGCAGCUCUGCAUUUCGUUGUGCCACUCCUCAGAAGACAAGAAAUCCCAAAAAUCUACUUCUGAGAAACAAGGCCCAGAAGAUCAUCUUUAUGUUCUAGAGCACAAUCUUCACCAACUGAUCAGAGAGUUCCACAAGCAGACCCUGAGCAGCAACGUGAUGCCUCAUCCGGCUAGCGCUCCUUUCGGCCACAAAAGAAUGAGGCUGGCAGGACCUCAGGCGCUGGAUAAAAACGAAAUCGGCUCCUUGCAACCCAGCGAGGGGCUGCUGGAGAAGAUCGUAAAGCAAGCAAAGCACAUCUUUCUGAGACGCGCGACUGCUCGGAUGAUCGACAGUCUUGCCAGCCGAAUCGAGGAUCCCCAGAUUCAAGCCCAUUGGUCCAACAUCAAUGACGUGUACGAGUCAAGUGUCAAGGUUCUCAUUACCUCCCAAGGCUACGAGCAGAUAUGCAAGUCUAUUCAAUUGCAGUUGAAUAUUGGCAUUGAACAGACCAGGGUAGUACACAGAGAUGGAAGAGUGAUCACACUGUCCCAUCAAGAGCAAGAAUUGCAAGAUUUUCUUCUUUCUCAGAUGUCACAACAUCAGAUUCUCGCGGUUCAACAGCUGGCAAAAGUUAUGGGCUGGCAUGUGCUCAGUUUCAGUAACCAUGUGGGGCUGGGCCCAGUAGAAAGCAUUGGCAACGCAUCUGCCAUAACAGUAGCAUCACCUAAUGGAGACUACGCUGUUUCAGUACGGAACGGUCCAGAAAGUGGCAGUAAAAUCAUGGUGCAAUUCCCACGGUGCCAGUGCAAAGAUCUUCCUAAAAGUGACGUGUUGCAAGACAGCAAAUGGAAUUACCUGCGUGGCCCCUUCAAGGAAGUCCAGUGGAACAAAAUGGAAGGACGUAACUUUGUAUACAAAAUGGAGCUUCUCAUGGCCGCACUGACUCCUUGUUCCUAGGUCAGGGGUUGGCAACCUUAAACAGAGUCACAAAGAUCCCAACCGGAAGCCCCCUUUCAAUUCUGGAGCUGACCGGAAAUCCAGUUCCCCCCACCAUAGAGUCUCCUCCUAGCGCGGUUUUCCUCUUCCUGUCCUAACCGAAACCCCUAUAAAUUGGGGGUCCAGCCAGCAACAGGGAGCUGCAGCAGAGCGAUGAAAGAGCCACAUGUGGCUCCAGAGCUGCAGGUUGCUGAUCCCUGUCCUAGGUUAGGGAACAACAAUCCAAGGAGGUGAUUUUUGAGACCAGCAUGUAAGCAAAGUCAGUGAGAACAGCACAUACAUUCCUGGAAGCCAUCUGUUUUGAUAACUCCAUGGAUUUCUCUUCAGUGAUAUUUCAUUGCAUCUUUUAUCGCCUGUGCUCUACAUAGUCUGACCAGCAAGUUCAGAAUAUUCACUUCAACUGUGACAGUUUUUGAAAUAAUUAGUCACGUUACCAAAGUUCAAAUUUCAUUAAAUACUUUAUUGGAAACUUUGUACAAAGGAGAGCAGGUUUACAUUUAUGUUUUGCCUUUAAAUGCUAUUUAAAUUAUUUGGUUAUACAUCUUUUGAACAAAUGGAUUAAUGACCUAUUCACAAGUGGAAUCCAGAAUUCUAUUUCGGUCAAAAUAGUAUUUUGCUAUAGCGAUUCUUGGUUUCGCUCACUCAAGAGCAUAAAUGAGGACGUUAACUGAAAAAUCACCUGCAAGCUUGGAUAAGAUUUUGUUUUUAUUUCUACACUUAAAAAUGAGUGUGAAAAGUUUACAAACUUGUUCAACCCAUCCAGGACUAAUAAUUGCUAGUAAAAUAAAAAUUGAUAAUAUCCGCUUGGCCACAACUUGGUAACAGGAAACAAUUGAGGGGAAAAUACAAAAAUAAAUGGAAUGUUUAAUUUUGCCUUCAUCAAAUACUGGAAAGUUAACAAUACCACAAAUUUCCAUAUAAUUGGAUUGGAUUUUGGGGGGGGAUUUUGUUAAAUAAAUCCAUUAGUAGCUCUUAGAUAGUGAUGGUAGUGGGUAAACAUGAUCAUGUAUUUUUAAAUAUAAUUUAAUAAAGAAUUUCAGUUUUUUUAAAA